UCUUGAAUCGAAAUGUUCGCGAAAAUUUUCACCCUCCUCGCCUGCUUGGCGUUAGUCCAAAGCGAAUUAAUCAGGGUACCUUUGAAGAAGGUAAAAUCGGCCAGAAGAGCAACAGAAUUGAACGGGAAAAGGCAGUCCUUAUUGGGAAAAUACCAAUCGAGCGCACCAACUUCUGCCAACCUCAAAGACGCUGAAUACUACGGAGAAGUGAGCUUCGGCACGCCGCCUCAAACCUUCAGAGCCCUCUUCGACACCGGUUCGUCUGAUACCUGGGUGAUUUCUUCGCAAUGCUAUGAAUUCGACUGUCUAUUCCAAAGCAAGUACACCGCCGAGUUAUCCUCCACACAUAAACCCAACGGCACCCACAUCGAUAUGGGUUACGGAGGAAUGGAGUCCAUGAGCGGAUUCCUAUCCUCCGAUAAUGUAGAAGUAGCCGGUGUUACAGUGACUGACCAAUUAUUCACUGAAAUUACGGACGAAAUGACAUUUGGUGAUAUUUUAAGUAGUCUCAUAGGAUUGUCUUACAAGCCAGUUUCCAACCAAGUGCCCAUGUUUAUGGAUAAUUUGUUCGCUCAACGCACUGAUCUCACGCCAGCCUUUUCUUUCUACCUGUUCAAGAAUUCUACCGGGGAGUAUGAUGGAGAAAUGACGAUAGGAGGGGCUGAUCCGAAAUAUUACAAAGGCGAUUUCAAGUACUUCAAGGUGCUGGAAAACCAGCCUUUUUGGAAGUUAAAAAUAGACAAGGUCAUCUUGGGUUCCAGCAUGGAGGUUUCUAAUGGUUCCAGAACGGUUGUCGUAGACACCGGAACUGAUAACAUGAUAGGACCAACUAAGCUAAUAAACAAGGUUUACGAAACUAUUGGGGCUACGCCUGUAAGGAACAGCAAUUAUUACGUGUUUGAUUGUAGUAAGAGAUCUUCACUACCUGAUAUCAAUUUCGUUAUAAACGGCCAGAACUUAACUUUGACGUACGAGGACUACACCGCUGAAGAUGUCCAAUCGGGUGUUUGCCAGCCUCUAUUCGAUACGAUGGACGAGGACGUCGAAAAUAACAUAUCUUGGAUCUUUGGCUCUCCUUUCAUUAAAAAAUUCUACACGCAAUUCGAUUUGAAGAACGGUCGCGUGGGAUUCGCUGAACUUGCUGAAUAAUUUUGAAGUUUCAAUAAAG